AUGGCUGCGAGCCGUCGGAAGCAAGACGACAAAAAUUUAGAAGUUUUACGGGAACUUAUAUCUUUAAACGGAAAUAAAUACUGCUUAGAUUGCAAUCAAAGAGGACCUACUUAUGUAAACACGACUAUCGGCUCCUUUGUGUGUUCAAAAUGUUCGGGAAUGUUGCGUGGUCUUACACCACCUCAUCGUGUGAAGUCGAUCUCAAUGGCCACGUUUACACCGGAAGAGAUAGAAUUUAUAAAAGCUAGAGGAAAUGAUUACUGUAGACGCGUAUGGUUGGGUCUGUACGAUGGAGAAAGUGUAAAUUUUACGGAUGAACAAAGCGUUAAAGAUUUUAUGUCUGAUAAAUACGAAAAGAAGCGAUUCUACCUCGAAUCUUCACUCAGUAAUACCCCUGUUACCAAUGGAAACACGUCCGUGAAAAACAAAAAAGUUAAAUCCAUCGGCGGCGCAUCCAUUACUACACCUUUGAUAUCAAUUUCACCUCAGACCUCAAAGAAUGGUAAUAAUAAUAGUGUGAGCACAACUAAAGUAAUAAAUACACCAGUAAGUGAAACCAGUCAAAAAUUAGCAAGGCCUGUUAACAAUUUCUCUCAUUCCUUGCUAACAAACAUAACAGCUCCUGUGUCAACACCACCAAUCAGUGCACCAAUAUCAGAUUUUCCUGUCGACUUUUCUACUGCAAAUAUUUACAACAGUGCACAAUAUAAUAACAAUUUGAAUAAUAACUGCACAUCUUAUCCGUCCUCUACAUUAACAAAUUUUAAUGCUUAUAAUCCUAGCACUACAGCUUCCACAAAUGAUCGCUAUGCUGCUUUAGCAGACUUAGAUUUAGCUUUAAGACAGCAGAACAUGAAAAAUAUGGAAGAAAGUAAUAAUAUGAAUAGCAAAAAUCCAUUCCAAAGCUCAACUACCAAUGAUUUGUUCUCUAAUAAAAACCCUUUCUUUAAUGGAGGAUGGAAUUCCACCACAACACCAAUACCAGUUAAUCCUUUCAUACCUUCUACAAACUCAAGUCUUGGAACGUCAAGAAAUCCUUUUCUUUGA